AUGGCGUUCGAAGGAGAGAUUCUCAAAAUCUUCUCAUGGUUACCGGCAAAAUCCCUCCUCAAAUUCAGUUCAGCUUGCAACGCUUGCAAAGAUAAUGUCUCCGAUCCGUUUUUCAUCAAAAAACAAAACAGAAACAUGCAGUUGAAGGGCGACUCUAGCUUCUUUGUACAACCACAUUCAUGCCAAAGAUUCGAAGGAAAUUUGGAGUUUCAUACUUUAUCUGGUGAGGAGAAUUCCGAGGGGGUGCCUAACGAGUGUGUCAAAUUCAUGAAAACUAAUGGCCGGGUGCUUGCUUCGAGUAAUGGGUUGGUUUGUUGUAGAAAUAUUAGAAACCAAGCAAUGAUGAACCACCUAUUAUUUAUUUGCAACCCGGCUACACGAAGUUGGCUAGGCAUUCCAUCCCCGGCUAACCUCAGAAGCACGGCGGAUAAAGAUUUGCAUAUCUUUUUUCAGUGCAAUAUCGAGUUAUAUGAUCAGUUUCCCCGCGAUUGCCUUUUAAUGUUGAUGGAAUAUGAAGAAGAUUGGUCUACACCCUUUCAUGCAAAAUCUACGUACCCCAAAAGGAGAUAUGGCUUGAGGCUGGGCACAUGGAUAGUGGCGGUAGAAACUUGUUAUUUGAAUCUGGCGUGUAUCAAGGUGGCACUAUUUAUUUUUUAUCAGAUUGGUCUUCUUGUUUUGCUGAAAGAAGUCCUUUUUAUUGGCCAUAUGUUGUUGCGUUCAAUCUAUGUUGUUGCGUUCAAUCUCAAAGAGGGUAAGUCAGGAUUUUUAAAAGUACCGAAGGAGUCAAGAAAAGGCCUUACUGAUCAGAGUUGCAGGAUGCGUGUGCUUAUUGUAUGGGUGUUGCGAGACUUUAACUCGGGGUCAUGGAGUAGGAUUCUCAAGAUACGUGGGCGAGCGAUGCAAAUGGUCGAGCCUGAGCCCAUUAUAGCUGGUUUUACCGUUUUGAAAGGGAGUACGUUACUAGUCGCCACGACAAAAAGGGUAAUAUCGAUACGAUCUCACCGGUGA